CCGGGGGCGGGUCCGGCGGGGGAGGCGGCGGCUGCGGGGGCGCGGCACGGCCCGGUCUGGCCCGCCCGCGGCGCCGGGUCUGCGGGGAGCGGCGCUGCUGCCGUGAGCUCCGCAGUGCGGGGGCCGGGGAGCCGGCGGGCAGCACUGCCUGGGUAGCGGGACCCUCUGGGGCCCCGGGAGUAGCAGGUGGGGGGCCGGGGUCAUCCCCCCCGACCCCAACCUCCAGCUGCGGAGGACUCUGACCCGGCACACGCCCGAGCUCCAAAGUACCCCGGCACCCUCGGGAAGCAAAUCCUCGGGAGGAGGGAUCGAUCCCUGGCUGCCCCACGAAGAGUCUCGUAAGUCUGAUAAAACUGCUGCGAUGGGAGGAAGAAGAGGCUGGUGUUUGGUGAGCCUGUACCAGAUUCAGAAAAAGCUGAACAUAAUUAAAAAAACAUAUAUUUGUUCUUCAGAAGGAUAAUUACAGCAGUGCACAUGGGAGCAAUGCAAACAGCUGGAGACUCAGUGUCUCUCAUUAAGGAAAAUUCAGCAGGAUGGGUGGAUGCUACUUGAGAAAGGAAAUGCUGCCUCAGAUGCCUGUUAUUUCCUACAGAGUAUUAUUGACAUUUUAUAGGUAUGUGGAUGUCGUUAUUCAGGGUACGAGCGAGAUUAAGGAUUCCCAGCAUGGUGCAGGAUGUUUGUAACUAAAUUUUGCAAGAACGUCGCAGUUUAAGUCCUGCUCAAACAAGUUUGGGGGCUUAACUGAUGUAAACACCGAUCUGUAUCCUGUCUCAUGUUUGGCUGCUUUGAACGCAGGUUUUCCCCAUUGGUUUUGUCACAGCAUCUCCCUGAACAGAACCCGGGGGCAUCUCUUCCGCAGGAAUCUGGCUUCUCGCUGCCACCUGUUCUGACACAGUCGGCACCGAGCCUCCUCCCCGCGUACUGUGGCUCUCCUCGUGGGCAGCCCCGGCUCGGUAACGGGCACGAAGAGGGUGUUCUGCUUGGCAGAGUGAAUCAGAGUUCAGCUGCAUCAUGGCAACUGUCAUCACUGAAAAGCUUAGCCGCCUCUUCAUUAACGUGCGCCAGGUCCCUCAGCUGCUGGCCCCGCUGCCUCCCUCCACUGUGAGCAGUUCAGAGGUGCCAAAGGUCUUCUGGAAGCCCUACAUCCACACCGGCUACCGGCCCGUUCACCAGACCUGGCGCUAUUACUUCUCGACGCUCUUUCAGCAGCACAACGAGGCCAUCAACGUCUGGACCCAUCUGGUGGCAGCACUGAUUCUGCUGCUGCGGUUCCAGCAGCUUUCGCAGCGGGUGGAUUUUGGGCAGGACCCUCAUGCCCAGCCCCUCCUCAUCAUCGUUGUGGCGUCCAUCACGUACCUGACGUUCAGCACCUUCGCUCAUCUUCUGCAGGCCAAAUCGGAGUUCUGGCACUACAGCUUCUUCUUCAUGGACUAUGUGGGAGUAGCCAUUUACCAGUAUGGCAGCGCCUUAGCGCACUACUAUUAUGCCAUUGAGCCAACCUGGCAUGAAAAGAUCCAGGGGUUUUACAUGCCGGUGGCUGCCCUGCUGGCGUGGCUGUCCUGCGCCGGUUCCUGUUACGCCAAGUAUCGGUACCACCGGUCCGCUCACUUUCUGAGCAGGGUCUGUCAGGAAAUGCCCUCCGGUCUGGCCUACAUGCUUGACAUUAGCCCUGUGAUUCACCGGAUCUACGCUGCCCAGUCCGAGCACGCUGACCCAGCCCUACUGUAUCACAAAUGCCAGGUACUGUUUUUCCUCAUUGGUGCCUUUUUUUUCUCGCACCCUUACCCAGAGAAGUGGUUCCCUGGGAAAUGUCACUUUUUUGGGCAAAGCCAUCAGAUUUUUCACGUGUUCCUUGUCCUUUGCACGCUGGCGCAGAUUGAGGCAGUGGUGUUGGAUUACGAGUCCAGGCGGCAAAUCUAUUCUAAACUGCAGGGUGACUUAGCUCAUAACUUUUCUGCCCUGUGCCUUUUCACUGGAACCUGCUCUGUUCUCACAGCCACUUACAUGGCCAGGAAGGUGAAGAGCGAGUUGGGUCUCAAAGAAGAGUAACAGCCCUGAAGGAGAAGCAUGAGAGCUCACCUGCGGGCUUGAAAACUUGAUCUAGAGGCAACUGUGGUGAUGCCAUCAGAUGAAUCUGGCCACAGACUUCAAGAAGAGCAGUGAAAUGCUCUGCAAACUGCUGCUAGUCAGUGCUCUCCACAGGGGUGAAGAUAUGAACCGCUGUUGGAGCUUUUUAAAAUUCAGAACUAGUUCCAACUUGUUCUUAAAAUGGUACACUGAUUUAAUUCAAAUGUCUGAAUAAACAGCUGGAACAAAA